AUGCCAAAAUCGCCUUGCAAAAUUGGAAAAAGGAAUGGGCAAAUUUAUUCGGUGAUUGAAUUACAGCCUAAGGGCCAAAUUCCGUAUGCAAGUGUUAACGCUAAUGUGAAUUUAGACGAGCCUCGUUCUCAAUUCCUUCAGAUGGGCUUCCACUUUGCGCACCUUCUCGCUUACUACCAAUCAGCCCGAUCGCCGCAAUCGUUGAUGGAUGGAUCUAGAAUUUUGGAUAUGAUUGAUCUCUCUAGCACCAUCAUUAACCUGGCCAUGGACACGACAGAUGAUCGUACCCGCCACCUAACAGAUCAUAUCUACCAUCUUAUAACAUUCUCAGCCCUCACCCUUUGUCGUCUUGUACAGAUGUAUGAGGACCAGCUGCGCGUCUCCAGUGUCGAUGUUGAUAGUCUAGAUCGCCUUGUGACCAAACUGAUUACUUGGCUUCGCUCUAUCGGUUUGCCGUGUCAUGCUGCCCACUUGCUUAGCGAUAUUGUCUCAUCGCAGUUUCAAAAGCUACGCCCAGGAGCUCAAUAUGUACCCGCAAACGCUGCAGCAAGUUCUCUGGCGCAUUAUAAUACGCUAUCAGUUUUGGAUGCUUCGCCCUUGUCUUCUAACGUGGGAUUUCUUUACCCCGAUCUCAUAGGAUCCGAGUUGUUUGAUAUAGACGACGGAACAGCAUCAUGGCCACAGUGGAGCUGA